AUGGAAAGCGAACAUUUACCUGAAAUCAAAACAAGUAAUAAUAAAGAUAAUGUAAAGAAAGAAAGUACAUCAACUCAAGAAUUACAACUUCCUCAUGUUUUCAAGUUAUAUCUUGUGGAUGUAGAAAAAUCAUUAAUUCAAGCAUGGGAGGAAGAAUUAACAAAAAUUUCAGAAAAAUUCACAUCAACGAAUUCAACUAAACGUUUAACGGUACAAGUUUGUAAUAGUACAUUUCAAACAUUAUUACAAACAAAUCAGGUUGAUUGUAUGGUAUCGCCAGCAAAUUCAUUUGGAUUAAUGGAUGGAGGAUUAGAUUAUUAUAUAACCGAAUAUUAUGGUGGAGUCGAUGAAUUGAUUCCCGUUGUACAAAAAGAAAUUGAAAAGGAAUGGUGUGGGGAACAAAAUGUUGGUACUUGUACGCUAGUUGAUUUACGUGAUUUAAUUAAAAAAUUAAAAGAAAAUCAUCCAGAUUUGUCAAAACAGGACAAGUUUCCAGGUUAUUUGGCCCAUUGCCCAACCAUGAGAACUCCAAAAUCAUUAGAUUCUCAUGAUGAUAUUGUUUACAGAUGUACUUGGGCCAUGUUAACUUCCAUUCGUAAACAUAAUGCGAACGUAUUGGAAAAUCCUAAUGGAAAUCAUGAACGUAUAAAUAGUGUUAUUUGUGCUGGAUUUGGUACUGGAGUUGGCGGUUUUUCGGAAAUUACUUGUGCUAAACAAAUGAUGUUGGCUAUAAAGCAUUUUGUUGAAGCUCCUGUAAAUAAUGAAACUAAGAGAAUUAAUGAUCAUGAAGGUUGGGGUGGUAAUUGGCUAAUACAAUGGUCCUAUGCAAGAAAAAUUGAAAGUUCUGUAAAUUCUGCUCAAUUUCGUAAAGAACAAUCAAUUCAGCAGGAACAAACCUCGGAGAAAAUUAGUAAGGAAGCAAUAGCAUAUAAAUUUUGGCAAAAAUUUCAAAAGGAGCGUGAAGAAAUACAAAAUUCAAUCAACGAUCUCUAUACAAAAUCCAAAUCAUCAAUUCCAAAAUUAUGUGAAGAAAUCCUAGUUAGAAUUAAUACAUUAGAAAGAAAAGCUACUGAUGCUACAAUUUAUUUGCCUGGUUAUGAUCAAAGACAAUUAAUUUUGACAGAAAUAGUACCAAAAAGUAAAUUUACGUUUAAAUCAAGGAAACCUGUUUUUACAAACGGAAGUGGAGAGAAAGGAACCAAAACGGAAGAGAGAAAUACUUCAACUACGAUAACUUCCAACAACACCUCUUCAAUUAUCAACGAAAAUUUUCAAAUAGUCACAUUAAACAAUAAGCAAAAUGUUUACUUAACAAUAAAUUCUUAUUUGUCCUCUCCAAAUGAUUCAAAAAAAAUAAUCGAUUUUCAUAUUUCAAAUUUACAAAGUUGUUUUAUUAAUCUCGUAUGUAAAAAUGUUAUUAUAGGUGCUAUACAUAUUAAAGGUUUAAAAGAUUGUGUAAUUAUUGCCGGUCCUGUUGGAAGUUCGAUUUUAAUUAAUGAUUGUGAAAAUUGUGUUCUUGUUGUCGCUUGUCAUCAGUUUCGAAUGCAUACUUCAAAACAAAUGAAUGUAUAUCUUCAUGUAACAAGUUAUCCCAUUAUUGAAGAUUGUAAUAGCAUAAAAUUUGCUCCGUACACUUUAUCAAUUCCUGGUUUAGAUAAAAUGUUUGAGGCUGCUAAAUUGGAUCAAAAUAAUAAUAAAUAUAAUAAAGUUGAAGAUUUUAAUUGGUUAAGGCAACAAGCAUCACCAAAUUGGAAUUUAUUAGAUGAAAAAUGUUUAAGAAAAGAUUGGCCUUUAAUAGGUGAUGAUGAAAGAGAGAGAGUUGUUAGUGAAGAUGAAUUAAAGAUUACUUUAAAUGAAAUUUUGGAAAAUAAACAAUGUGUUUAA